UAUACGAGAGCACUGUUUGUGCGCAACCCAUAUAUGGGCCCAGCAGGACAAGGGUUAAAUGUCUGCGGCUAUGGAAACGUAGGAGACGACAGAUCUGUAUGGUUUAAAUUUUGUUGUUCUCGCUGGACUACGUGACUGUAAACAAUAAUCUACAUAUAAACGCUGAGGUAAGAUGGAGGUUCUGACACUGUUGGGGCUGCUGGCUGUACUGUGGACUGUGUACAGUGUCUGGACGUGGUGGAGAGAGAAAGAAAUGCUUCCAAGGCUUGUAGAGAAGUCAGUUCUGAUCACGGGGUGUGACACCGGCUUCGGGAACCUCCUGGCCAGGCGGCUGGACCAGCUCGGCCUGCGGGUGUUCGCGGGCUGUCUGACCGAGGCCGGCGUGGCAGAGUUACGGCAGGCCUGCUCCGAACGGCUGCAGCCGAUUCAGAUGGACGUGAGCAGCUCAGACAGCGUGCGGCAGGCUUUCCUAGUGGUGAAGGAUAGCGUGGAGAGCAAAGGACUUUGGGGUUUGGUGAACAAUGCAGGGAUCUUUGGACCAAUUGGAAGCGUUGAGUGGCCUUCUAUAGCAGAUUACCAGGCUGUUUUGGAUGUCAAUCUACUGGGAAUGAUUGACGUCACCAAAACUUUCCUGCCCCUCUUGAAGAAGUCACCUGGUCGUGUCGUCAACGUCUCAAGUGUUGGCGGGAGGCUGUCAGCUCCUUGUACAACUCCGUACGCCGUGUCUAAAUAUGGCGUGGAAGGCUUUUCAGACGCCCUCAGACGGGGCAUAAGGUGUUUUGGGAUAAGCGUGCACAUCAUUGAACCAGAAAAAUUCAGCACAUCGAUUGUGCAGGAGGACAAUAUUAGGAAGAGUUUGCAUCGCACGUGGGACUCCCUGUCGUCUGAAACUAAAGAGGAGUAUGGGCAGGACUACAUGGAUGAACUUCUUAAAGGAUUCAAUGAUGGUCGUUACAAAGACCCGGCCAUCGUUGCCAUGGCAAUGGAGCAUGCGCUGUGUGCUGCCUGUCCCAGAAGCCGGUACGAGGUAGACUGGGGUGCGCGGUGGGUCGCCAUCCCGCUGACGUAUCUACCGACUGAUUUGGAAGACUUCGUCAUGCGACUGUUGCUACCAUGGAUGACUCCCGUUCCUGCUGCUUGCAGAUAGGAGACGUAAACGUUUUACGCCGUUUUAUAAUUACGGCAUUUUACGUCGUGCUCAGUGUAGCUUAGAAAUAGUGAAAGAUUAUUGCAAAUUCAUGUCCGAAGGCUAAUUGCAAGAACAUGACAAAAUGAUAAACCGUAAAAGAUGAUAAUGAUUAAAAUGCUAAUAAAAUAAUAAUAGUAACAGCCAUGCUAUGAAAAUCUGUAUCUAUAUGAACUUUAUUAUCUUCUCUAUAUAUCUCUGUAACCUCUCUUAUCUUCUGUAUCUCUAUAUAAGCUGGUAGCAACAAUAAAUGUAAACUGGUUCCUCUUGCAAGUAUGUACAAGAAAACUUGAAUAAAUGAAUAACGUUUAUUUCAAUAAAAAGGAAAAUCGCAAUAAAACGGAAAACUUGAAUAAAAGAAUAACUGGUUUAUUUCAAUAAAAAGGAAACAGGUUAGUCAUCCCAUUCACAUUCAACAUUUAUCCGGUAAUAACAGAAUAUGUUAACAAGCCUGAUAAAACCCAUUUAGGAGAGCAAAAAAACGUGAAGAUACAUAGAUACAUGUAGUUACACAUAUUCAACAUUUAUCCUGAAUAAUUUU